AUGGGCCGUGUGCGAACCAAGACCGUUAAGCGGUCCGCCAAAACCAUAAUCGAGAGAUAUUAUCCCUCCCUCACUCUCGACUUUGAGAUCAACAAACGCCGAUGCGAUGAGAUCGCCCUGAUCCCCAGCAAGCGUCUGCGCAACAAGAUUGCUGGAUACGUCACGCACCUGAUGCGACGCAUUCAGGACGGUCCUGUGCGCGGCAUUUCUUUCAAACUGCAGGAAGAGGAGCGCGAGCGGAAGGAUCAGUAUGUCCCCGAAAUGUCUGCUCUCGACCUCGCGCAGAACGAAUCUGGCCAGCUCGACAUCGACCAAGAGACCAAGGACAUGCUCCGUAGCCUGGGUUUCGAUUCGAUCCCCGCCAAUGUCGUACCUGUCGUACAGUCCCAGGCUCUCGACCGCCCUGGCGGCCGCCGCUUCGGAGACCGACGUCCUGCACACUAG